AAUGGAACUUCGCAAGUCAUUCCAUGUGUGCGUGUGCACAUGUAAUGUUCGAGAGUAGUGAUUUUGGAUCGAAGUGGUCGUAAUUUUUGACUUUAAAUUAAGUUUCUUUCACAGGAGGGAUGUCACUACCGCAGUUAGAAAUAAACAAGGUGGUGGUCCACCCCUUGGUGCUGUUGAGUGUGGUGGAUCACUUCAACAGAAUACGAAAUCAGAAGCGAGUGGUCGGCGUUCUGCUUGGUGCUUGGAGAAAAGGGGUCCUUGACGUCUCCAACAGUUUUGCUGUACCCUUUGAUGAAGAUGACAAAGACAACACAGUGUGGUAUCUGGACCAUGAUUACUUGGAGAAUAUGUACGGCAUGUUCAAAAAAGUUAACGCACGAGAGAAGAUUGUCGGCUGGUACCACACUGGUCCGAAACUCCACCAGAACGACAUAGCAGUCAAUGAAAUCAUCAGACAAUACUGCCCAAGUUCGGUGCUAGUAAUCAUUGAUGCCAAACCUAAGGAACUGGGACUUCCAUCUGAAGCAUACAUUGCUGUUGAAGAGGUCCAUGAUGACGGUACGCCAACCAGUCGGACCUUUGAGCAUGUACCCAGCGAGAUGGGGGCGGAGGAAGCGGAAGAAGUGGGCGUUGAGCAUCUCCUCAGGGAUAUCAAAGACACCAGCGUGGGCAGCCUGUCCCAGCGCAUCACGGGCCAACUGCUGGGUCUCAAGGGCUUCUUCUCCCAGAUGCAGCACAUCCAGAGCUACUUGGAGCAGAUCGCCGCCGGCAAGCUGCCCAUCAACCACACCAUCAUCUAUCAGCUGCAGGACAUCUUCAACCUCCUGCCGGACGUCAAUCUGAUGGAGUUUGUCCGGUCGUUCGUGGUGACCACCAACGAUCAGAUGCUCGUCAUCUACCUGGCCUCCUUGAUCCGGUCCGUCAUCGCCCUGCACAACCUCAUCAGCAACAAGGUCCAGAAUCGGGACCUGGAGCGACAAGAAGGCAAACCCGACACCAGCAAAGACAAAAAGGAGAAAGGCCAAAGCGACAAGGACAAAACAGAAAAGGACAAGGACAAAGGGAGCAAAAGUGACGGCAAGGGAACGCCCUCCAAGGAGGAUAAAAAAUCAGCAUCGGCGAAGAAGUGAUGACUCUUGACUCUUUAUGUGUGUGUGUGUGUAAAGAUGUUUGGAGCUGUCUUCUUUUUUUUUCGUAUAAAUGAUGUUUUGUGUUAAUAUCCGU